CGAAGUUCUUAAUUAAUGUUCAUCAAAUAUUUUAUUUCCAAAACUAUCAGCACGCUCGAUAUAAAGUUUUCGAUCAAAACUAUUAACAAAAUCAAUAAACCGACCACUUGACCAACUCUAGUAUUAUUUUAUCCUAAACCAAAAUUAAUUAAAGUUGCGUUCAUCUCUCAAAACCAAAGUCUCAAUUUCCAUGCUUCAUCCUCCUCUCACUUCUCCCGAAAUCAAUUUUGCAAAUGGAUGGUAAUCCUUCAAGGAUGGAAACUUCCCAACAGUUGAUAAUAUUAGGGGACGAUUUUGCUCAAAAUUUCAAAACGAAGUCGUUUCGAUGCAGCUUCUGCAAACGAGGUUUUUCCAACGCGCAAGCACUAGGAGGGCACAUGAACAUCCAUAGGAAGGAUCGAGCGAAGCUUCGCGAGUUUUCCGAUGAAAAUUUGCUGUCGUUGGAAAUCUCGCGAAGCGCGAAUUCCGACGAUAGUCUUCCUCCCGAGUCCCUCCUCGGGGAGAAGUUGAGUUUGAAAAAUGAUCUGAGUCACGACGGCGAUGAUCAAGCUACAAAUCUCAACAGCUGUGUUAAGGCACCGGCGACGGAGAUCAACGACGAUGUAGAGAGCAAACAAUUGGAGUUGAAGCAUGGUGAACUAGACCUUGAGCUCCGGUUAGGACCGGAGCCACAUCAUCAUGCAAAGUCAAAGCCCUUGACUUUAGAGCGGGAGUCGUCCAUGUAAGAAGAUGAACGUUGGAUCUUCUAUUUUCUUUUGUGUUUUGGCAUCGUGCAUAUUUUUUCAUAUUUACGCACUUUGCUUUAAUCACGAUGGAAAAUAGAAGAACUAGAUCUGUGGAAGGGAAAUACUUAUAUAUGGUUAGUUAUUUCAAAUUUUAUAGACAAUCACAGAUUAAUUUUGUAUAAUUAUCUAUUUGUUUCUUCACCUUCACGCUUUUUUUUUUUCUGUGAAUGAACAGCAAAAGUUACUCCUACUAA